GCAGCGCCGGCCGGCCAUGUCGGCGCUGGAGUGGUUCGCGCACAAGCCCCUGGGCGGCGGUAUCUUUUGGAUCCAGGAGCGCUUCUACGAGUCAGGCAACCGGGCUAACAUCUGGCUGGUGCGGGGCUCGCAGCGAGACGUGGUGAUCGACGCGGGGCUGGGGCUGCGCAGCCUGCCCGACUACCUGCGCGAUGCCGGGCUGCUGGCGCCGGCCGAGGGCGCCGGGCCGCGGCCGCUGCUGGCCGUGGCCACCCACGUCCACUUCGACCACUCAGGCGGGCUGCAGCACUUCGAGGAGGUGGCGGUGCACAGCGCCGAGGCGGCGGCGCUGCUCCAAGGCGACAACUACGAGGCCGUGACGUGGCUGUCAGACCGGGAGGUGGCGCGGCCGCCGCGGCCCGGCUGGAGCGCACGGCAGUUCCGCGUUCCGCCCGUCCGGCCCAGUCGCCUGCUGCAGGAGGGGGAUGUGAUCAACCUGGGAGAUCGACAGCUCACUGUCAUGCACAUGCCUGGUCAUUCACGUGGCAGUAUUUGCUUACAUGACAAGGACAGGAAGAUUUUGUUCAGCGGAGAUGUGGUAUAUGAUGGGUCUAUGAUUGAUUGGCUUCCCUACAGCAGAAUCAGUGACUAUGUUGCAAGCUGCCAGCGCCUGAUGGAGUUAGUAGACAGAGGUCUUGUGGAGAAGGUACUACCUGGGCACUUCAACAUAUUUGGAGCCGAAAGGCUGUAUUGGUUAGCUUCCAACUAUGUUUCCCAAGCUGGAGUUUGUCACAAGAUUUCUACCUGUGCUAUGAGAUCUAUUGCAAGUAUAGCACUUCGUGUUGCAAAUUCAAGAAUUACAUCUCAGUGACAGUCAAUUUUGUGUGAUCUGUCACCUGCUGUAAAACCAAAUGGGUUGUGAAAGCAUCAAAAACAAGCAGAAGCAGUAUGUGUUAGCAAAAAGAUGGCAAAUUGAUACAGGUGAGCUUCAAAAUUUCUCUGUUUUUUUCCUACUUUAUUCGUAUUUUUAUAAAAACUCUGUAAACUAGUAGCUUUAGCCAAAGCUAUAGUUUUCUUUCUACUUUUUCAGAGCAUGUUUGUAUAUGUAUUGCAAUUGAAACAUUAUGCUUUAUUUUUGCUACUCUGACAGAUGGAUAUAUACUAAAAUGAGAGGUUGUACAUUCACGCCUGAGACCUUGUUUUGUAGUACUAGACUUGUGAUUAUUCAUCGCCGCCUGCUCAGGUUUCGACCUUACAGACCUCUUGCUAAGGCCUGGUGUUUCCUGGGAGCAGUGUCAUUAGGUCACAGAAGGAGCAAAACCUAUGCAGGACUGAGUGGGCAGAAAGAGAUAAUUCUGCAGCCAUCGCCCCUGUGGGCGUUGUAUCUGCUACACCUCUCACCGCCUAAAGCUUUAUCUUUGCAAAAUACUUGUCUGGCAGUUUCUUUAGAAUACACUAUCACGUAGAAGUUCUAUAGACCCAACUUUCAGAUACAUCAGUUUACCACAAAAGCUUUUGGUGCAGAUGGACUGUUGAGGCUUUCAUGUUUCCUGGUGUGGUGCAAGGAAGCACUGCACCAGGAGAGAAGGAACAAGCAGGAGUGCUCUCACCAUUGGCUAGCGAAUUUUUUUUUGCUUGUCGGCCUGUAGGCUUUUACGUGACUUAGGAAUUAAAAAAAUUGUGAAUUAGUGAAUUCAUGUGUUACACUACCUUGUAUAAAGUGGAUUGAACUUUUGAUGGAUGUAUUUAUUUUUUUUCUGAUCAGCUCAUAAAAAGCAUUUAGAGAGUAUGUUGUUCUGGAAAGUUGAGAGAAGUGAACUGUGACGAGAUUAAGGUGUUUGGUUAUUUUCAGCAGUAUUUUUAUGUGACUGUGUUGUAACUUGGUUUUUAAUCAUCUGUGUUGGGGGAGGGCUUGAGGCUUUAACGUGACCUUGCCAUAGUGAAGGUGCUGCAUUAAGCACGUAGUACACUUUUUAUCACAAAGUGAAUGUCACUCAGAUUGUUUACUGUUUGCAUCUGAAGUACGUGCUGCGCAUAAUUGUUCUGAAAUGUAAAGUGUGUUGCAUUGUGUUUGUUCCAAAAAAAUGUUGAAUACACUGAGAAAUGCUAAAUAGCAUUGUAACUCGCUUAUGAAAAUGGAAUGUGUGAUAUUUAAAAGCUGCUGAAAUGGUUAGAGUUUGUGUAAUUAUUAUAACAGUUUGUAUAUAUUUAACUUUUUUAAAAGGACACUGUCUGAAUUUAUUCUUGCACAUAGACAUAUAUAUGUUCCUAAAAAGACUGCAAAUGUUUCUCGCAAAUUUUAGGGCAGUUUCGCUUGUUUGGCUUUCCCUUUAUGCAGAAGGUUUAGCUCCCGUCAUAGCCAAUAGUAAGGGGGCCAAAGGUCUGGGCUCUGUCUAAGGCAUGAGGGAGAAGAAGUUGAUAGCCACCUGAAUAGAUGCAAAUUCUUGUGAAAAAAACCAAACAAAACAACCUAUUGCAAAAUUUAAAAAGCAUCUCUGUCUAAAAAUGAUGAAAGCGUGUAUCUUAUGUAAGGCUUUUUCCAUUUCAUAGAUGACUACACUCCUGCCUUUACUGUGACUAUAUUCUUUACCAGGAUUUAAUGAUUGGCUGUUGCCUAGUUCUUCUUAGAAGUGCCUAUCUGCAAGCUGAAGCAAAGUUGUGAGUGGGCAGGACGUGGAGAGAUGCAGCACUUUAGAGACCUGUUAACACUCAGGUCACAAUCUUUUGUGUAUGAUGUGAGGAGUGUUCACUGGGUAUAUUUAGAUCAUAAAACCAAGAGGUGUCUAUCUUGUCCUCAGUUGGCAGAGGAAGAAAUACAAAAACAGCCUGGGAAGCAGGCUGAAAGGCAUACAUACUGCUGAAGCUUACACCAGUUAUCCAGAGGAUGCCACGGUGUCACAGGUUACCUGACAGUAAUUGAAUUCCUGCAAAUUAGUUGACAGUGGUGUAACACCAGUAAUAGUCAUUAUUUUUAAACAAUGCUUUUGUGAAGACCAUUUUGUGAAGACCCUUUUGUGAAGUCCCAGUAGUAACCCUGGGCAUUAAGGCAGUCAUCAGGAACUCCUGUCACAAAGCCUGCCAAGUAUGGAUGUCAAGUUGCUAAAGUUUUGCAAAUGUUCACUACAAGAGUAAGAUCACUUUGAAUUGGCAUUCUCUGUUAUAGCACUAUCAGUUUGCUUGUUUGAUCCAAUAUUAGAUGUAGCCAGAUUUUACUGUAUUGUAAAGCCUGAGCUCCAAAGAGUCACAUCAGUUCAAAAGGAAAAAAACAAAAAGGAAAGACAACCUCCAUCCUCCAUCAUUUGUUUAAACCUGUGCUCAAUAUCUCUAUCAGCUAAGAUCCUUAAGUGGCCAGAUCAGUGCCAAAAUGCCCUAUUAAGCUAUGCUUUAGUCCACUAAGUACAUAACCAAAACUUGGCCUUUUUUACUUUACCAAAAUCUAGGGGAUAAUUUUCUAGCUCAGAAGUGAGCUUUACAUGCACAUAACCCAAAGUGGAGUUUGUUAGUAAACUGCUGCUAUAAUCCAAAUGAAAGUAGUUUUUUGAGGGUCAUGAAAUUAUUUUUUGUAUUGUAAGAAAUUCACUACUAGAUAAACAAUACUUAAAUGAUCUUAAAUUAAAAGAGUGGUCUCUGAUUAUUUUUGUUAAGACUUACCAUAUCUUAGUCAUAAGAGUUUGACAGCAGUCCUUUAAUGCUACUUGGAUUAAAUAUUUAAAAUGUGCAUUGUAAGUUUAAAUACUGCAUCAUGUUCAGCAUUUAGAACUGUGUUGAUUUCUUAGUAACAUCUAAAUAUAUGUUAUGCAGUUUUCAGUAGACUGGGGAAUUGACAUGAAAAUCAGAUGGGAAGUUUUGUUCUGUAAUCUGUCAAAGCUUUUACGAUGUUAAACAACAGUUUGCACAUAAUUAAUUUUUUCAUGUAUUAUAAUAAUAAAAUAUUAUAAGCCUAUGCAGUUAAGUAAUAAUUCCUAGGUAUUUCUCAACAGAAGCACUUUUCAUUCUAGAUGGAAUAU